AUGACCUAUGGAUUAUGUACUGGUGGUCCAUACAAUGCAAAGAGUUGCUGCAAACCAUACCCGUUCCCUACAAAUAGUCUAGACAAACAAACGCCAAUUUGCCGCGCGCAAUGUCAGUUUGGAUAUAACAUGGAUUAUUACAGCGACAAGAUUUACGCAGAUCCCGCAUAUUCGGUCGUUGCGAACGAAGAUGCGAUUCGAAAGGAAAUCUUCACGAAUGGACCCGUUACAGCAGCGUUCUACGUUUACAGCGAUUUCAAUUAUUACAAGAAUGGAGUAUACGUACACACAUGGGGAGAAUUGGAAGGAGGUCACCCUAUCAGACUCAUAGGAUGGGGUGUAGAGAAUGGUGUGAAAUACUGGCUCGCUUCGAACUCCUGGAACACUGACUAG